UGUCCAUAGCUUGAGCAAGCCACACGACCAUCGUGCAGAAAGCUCAGCUACAUCUGCAGCGCGGCAGCCAUGGCGUCCAGAGCAGCAGCGGCCGUCCUCGUCCUUGCAGCCUUGAUCUGCGCCGCACACUCGUCGGCGGCUGCUGAGGGGCUUUCGCGGAGCUUCCACGCGGCGUCGUGCCCGGAACUGGAGGACAUCGCGGGAUCGCUCGUGGCGGAGACCUUCCGCCGCGACGUCGGCGUCGCCCCGGCCCUCAUCCGCAUCCUCUUCCACGACUGCUUCCCGCAGGGCUGCGACGCGUCGGUGCUCCUCACGGGGAACAACACCGAGCUGAAUGCCGUGCCCAACCAGACGCUCCGCCCCGUGGCUCUGGACCUCAUCGAGCGCAUCCGCGCCGCUGUCCACGCCGCCUGCGGCCCGACCGUCUCCUGCGCCGACAUCACCGUCCUCGCCACCCGUGACGCCCUCGUGCAGGCUGGCGGGCCCCACUUCGACGUCGCCUUCGGCCGCCGCGACGCGCUCGCCCCGGCGUCGCAGGACCUCGUGGACACCCUGCCCGCGCCCUCCUUCGACGUGCCGACGCUCAUCUCCUCCUUCGGCAACCGGAGCCUCGACGUGGCGGACCUCGUCGCCCUCUCCGGCGCGCACACCUUCGGCGUCGCUCACUGCCCCUCCUUCUCCGACCGCUUCACUCCCAACGUCGACCUCAACCCGCUCAUCGACCCGUUAUUCGCACGGAGGCUGCGGGCCAAGUGCGCCAAGGACGUGCCCCAGGGCACCGUCAACCAGACCCUCGACGUGCGCACGCCCGACGAGUUCGACAACAAGUACUACUUCGACCUCAUCGUGAGGCAGGGCCUGUUCAAGUCGGACCAGGGCCUCAUCGACCACCCCGAGACGAGGCUCUUGGCUUCACGGUUUGCGCUCAUCCAAUCCGCCUUCUUCCGGCAGUUCGCCAAGUCCAUGGUGAAGAUGAGCAACAUGGACUUGCUCACUGGCACCCAGGGUGAGAUCCGGCAGAACUGCGCCGUCCCCAAUAGGCGCGUCGAGGGCAUCGAGACCGCCAACGACGAGGGCCACACGGCCGCCAUGUGAGAGAUCAGUUAGUUAUCGAUGCUAGCUCACGCGUGUGUGUGCUUCCAUGUGUGUGUAGCACUGGAGAUGGUGUCCUUGUGCUAGUCGUUUUCUGCAGUUGUCGUACGUGUUGUAAUAAAAUGAGUAAGUGGUCAGCAGAGCAAGAGUAGGAGUAUAUGCUUCCUACCGUAAGAGGUUCCAUUUGGUUA